GCAGAGAAGGUUUUAUGUAGGGUAAAGUGAACGAAUCGCUUGAGUCUCUACCUAUGAGCGCCAUAGUCUAUUUGUGCCUGACGUCUCGAUGGUGUGCCGAUAGCGAGCCCUUACCCAGAACUGUCGAUGCUUUGGUACAGAACGUAUGCCUGAUCCCUCAGGCUGCAGUGCCCGUGUGGUUACACCUUCCUUUUCCUUUCUUUCCUCCUUUUUUUUUUUUUUUUUUUUUUUUUUUUUUUUUUUUUUUUUCUUUUCUUUUUCUUUUACCUAAAUAAAUCAGACAAUUCUAUUCCUCCCAGUUGGGAAAUUGUUCACAUAGUAUACUGGUUGCU